AUGGACCUUCUCGAUGUCGUUGAUGCAUCGACUAGGUCCAUCAAGGACAUGCUCAAUGCUCUCUUUAUCUUAGUCCUCUACAUGCUUAACUGUACUGCCCUAAUCGAACUAGGCGUUGUGUCACUCCUCUUCUCACUGGUGGUGAAAGACAGGCUGAGGGUGGUGGUAGAGGAUGCUAUGAUGACAAUCGCCCAGGUGGUAGGAUGCAACGAGAGUGCGAAAGCAUUCCAAAGGGUAGACCACAUCAAUGUCCUGGUGGAUCUGGUGGUUGGAGAGAGCAGGAGGGUGCGGGAAAAUGCUACAAUUGCACUACCGAAUCUGGUAAAGAACAAUAGAGAUAAUGCAAUGGGAGAUGUCAAGGAGAUGGAUGCGGUGGAUGUAGCCAUGAGGGCUUUGGUUGAUAACGAUAAUAGGAUGAACACGAGGGGAAAGAGCAGGCAGAGGAGCUAG